AUGUACAACCACGUCUCCUACGCAAGCAUUGCUGCUCUGUUGAGCUGGCCGGCGGCUGCUGCUGGCUCUCUAAAGGACAUAGAUCACGUUGUCUUGUUCAUGCAAGAGAAUCGUGCUUUUGAUCAUUACUUCGGAACCAUGGCUGGUGUGCGCGGAUUUGCGGAUCCCAACGUCCAUUAUAACAACGGCAGAUCUGUUUUCCACCAAGAUGUCAACUCGACUUUGACUAACAAGACGGACACUUUGCUGCCAUUCUACUUGAACUAUCUUGGCGGCAACUGGUCGGAAGCUACCCAGUGUCUGAUUGCUGGCAACAAUGGCUGGGACAGUAACCAUGGAGCGUUGAAUGCUGACCGAAACAACAAAUGGGCACUUGCAAAUACUCCUUGGUCAUGGGGAUACUUCAAGCGCGCUGACCUACCUGUACACUUUGCAAUUGCCGAAGGCUGGACGGUUGGUGAUAUGUAUCAGGAGUCUGUAAUCGCCUCGACGAACCCGAAUCGUGUCACAUGGAUCAGUGGUUCCAUCAAUGCGCCAGGCUCUCCACAGGCUCCAUCUGAAGGAGGCAUCGUCAUUGAUAACAAUGAAACUCCUGGAUGCGAGGGGUCGAAUCUGAACUGCUAUCCUACCACAUGGAAGACCGUGCCAGAAUACUAUCAGGAUGCUGGUGUUUCUUGGCAGGUCUAUCAAGACACGGACAACUUCGACGACAAUCCUCUUGCAUGGUUCAAACAAUUCCAAGAGGCAUCCAAUACAAGCGCCCUGGGUCAACGUGGUAUGGCUUACGUUGGCCUUGAAAAGUUUUACGCCGAUGCUGCAGCUGGCACUUUGCCUCAGGUCUCAUACAUCAUCGGUCCUGCUGAGCUCUCUGAGCAUCCUCCAUAUCAGCCCAGAGAUGGAGCAUGGCUGCAGCGUAAGGUCGUCGAGGCUGUUGUCAACGGCAAGAACUACAAGAACACUGCGCUCAUAAUUAGUUACGACGAGUCUGGUGGUCUAGGCGACCACGUCGUGCCAUACCAUUCUCCCAAUGGUACAGCAGGCGAGUGGAUCGAGGAUCCUUACAACGAGUACGGAUACGUGUAUACCGGACCAGGAUUCCGUCUACCAUUCUACAUUGUCUCUCCUUGGACCCGUGGUGGCAAUGUGUACACUGAGAACGCUGAUCACGUAUCGCAAAUCAAGUUUGUUGAGAAAUGGCUCCAAGCAAAAGGUUACAACAAUGUCGAAACCUCACAAGUCCCAGCUUGGCGCAGGCAAAACAUGGCUGAUCUCACAAACGCAUUUGACUUCAAUCAUCCCGACUACAGCAAACCUGUUCUGCCUGACAUCUCUGCUCCUUCAAUGGAUGCAUCUGGGCAGUACAACGGAUACUCCUUAUGCCAAGCGAAGUAUCCUCAUGACUCACGCCCUCCUGUACCCUAUGGUGAGCAAUCUGAGGCAUCAGCACUCGCCACUGAGCAGGGUUUCAAGGCAGUCCGUGGUCAACUCACCGAAGGUCGUUUCCUGGUGUUCGAGAAGAAUGGUUUUGCCUUGACUAGCUCGGGUUCUGGAAGCAGCAGCUUCUUGAGUGCCACUCGUGCUAGCCCUAUUCAUGACGUUGUUGCUCAACGCUGGAUCUUGCACCAGCUUAAGCAGGGUGGUAACCAAUUUAUCCUCGAGAGUGUACUAACCAGCAAGUGUGCUGCAGGCUUGAGCGACCUGAGCCCUUGUUCCCAAUCAGCGCCAAUCACCAUCAAUGAUUUGGGGAAUGGUAUGGGACACUCGGUCCAAGUUUCGAGCGGACAGUACAUUUCCAUCAACAGGAACGGCAAAGUGGUGCUCACCUCGAAGGUCGAGGGAUUCCGACUUUUUAGUGUUACAUACAGCUAA